UAACAACAACAAGAGUAACAACAAAGUAGUUGUCCAGCGCAUUGUUCUCUGGCGGAAGCGGAAACGGCGCUCGAACUCGUAAAAUGCAUUUACACUUUGAACGUAACAUCAAUACAAAAUGCGACUGUACAAUACUCUCGCUUUCGUGGAUGGGAAAGGUGCCAGAUGAUAUACCCGAGGAUGAGGGCUGGAAGCUAAACCGCACGAACUACUACCAGGAGGGCUGGCUGGCAACCGGAAAUAUACGCGGCAUUGUGGGCGUCACAUUCACCACCUCGCACUGCCGCAAAAACAUGGACUAUCCACUGCGAACCAACUACAAUCUGCGAGGUCAUCGUUCGGACGUAAUACUUGUCAAGUGGAAUGAGCCGUAUCAAAAGCUCGCCUCCUGCGACAGCUCUGGCAUUAUCUUUGUGUGGAUCAAAUACGAGGGUCGUUGGUCCAUUGAGCUGAUCAACGAUCGGAAUACACCGGUCACGCAUUUCUCCUGGUCACACGAUGGUCGCAUGGCGCUCAUUUGCUAUCAGGAUGGCUUCGUCCUCGUCGGCUCUGUCGCGGGCCAGCGCUAUUGGUCAUCCAUGUUGAAUCUGGAGUCGACCAUUACGUGCGGCAUUUGGACGCCCGAUGAUCAGCAGGUUUACUUUGGCACCACCCAGGGUCAGGUGAUUGUCAUGGAUGUGCACGGUGCGAUGGUGUCGCAGGUGCAGCUCUCCAAUGAUGUCCCCAUCACAUCGAUGGCCUGGUCCUGCGAGAAGUUUAAAAUGGAGGAGGGCGAGGAAGCCGAGCCCGGUGUAACAAAUGCCGCCAAGCGCUCUUUUGUUCUGGCGGUCAGCUUCCAGAAUGGAUAUAUCUAUUUGUUAAAGUCGUUUGACGACGUCUCACCCGCACAUAUCAACACCUGCCUUAACGGCGCCCUGGGCAUGGUCAUGGAAUGGAGCAACUCACGAGAGCUGCUCGCCGUCGCCGGCACACUGCGCAACAAUAGCGCUGGCCUGGGCUUGGACGGCAAACUGGAGGAUCUGGGCACGCCUAGCUUCUAUAACAAUCUAGUCAAGUUCUAUACGGAAUCGGGCGCAUGCCUUUACCAGGCGCACAUACCCUGCAGUAGCGCCACCGUAUCAGCCAUCACGUGGGGGCACAACGACAAGCGUUUGUUCAUAGCCACGGGCACACAGGUGCACAUCGCUUGGGUCUCACGACGUGUGGCCUCGCUGCAGCUGCUCUGCCGGCUGCAGAUCCAGGCGAGCGUUGGCUCCGAGAUGCUGUUGCCACUGCUGCCGUUGCCUUCUAGGAUUAAGUCGCUCAUUGGCAAUUUGUUUGCUCAAACCAUACGAUGCUGUGUACCUGAUCUCAAGUCGCUGCGUGAUUUUGUGUCGCGUCCGCCUCUGUGCUCGACACGGUUGCAUUGCACCAUGAUACGGCACGAUGAUGACUCCAAUCUUAGCUCUGGCACCUGCUAUACGCUCUACUUGGAAUAUCUGGGCGGCCUGGUGCCGCUGCUCAAGGGCAAGCGCACCUCCAAAAUACGCCCGGAGUUUGUCAUCUUUGAUCCACAAGUCAAUGACAACUCGCUGUAUUUCCAAUAUGCGGCCGAGGCCAAAAGCAGCUCCGGAUCCAGUCAGUCCACCACGACGGGCAACAGCGGACGCACCGAUUCCUCCGACAGCGAUUUCGAUGAGCGCUCCCGCUUUGGCUCGCCUCGCACACCCAGGAAACGCCGUGUGCGCGCCAAGCGGCGUCAACAGAACGGAGAUCGUGCGGCCAGUGGCAAUGGGGGCAACGAUCCUGAUAGCCUCGAUGAGCUGGCCUAUGUGGAUACACUGCCCGAGCAGGAAGUCAAGCUGGUGGAGGUGACCUCCAAUAUUUGGGGCACGAAAUUCAAGAUCCAUGGACUUGCCAAAACCGUCCCAGCCAAUUUAGGCCAAGUAACUUAUAAGACGUCCCUACUGCAUUUGCAGCCGCGUCAAAUGACGCUGGUCAUAACGGAGCUGCGCGAUGAUUUUCCGACCGGGCCCGAUCCCAGCUUCAAUCCGAAUCUCUUCUCUGAGGACGAGGAGGAGCAUCAUCAUAAUUACAAUCAUAAUCACAACACGGAUGCACUAGUGCCUCAUGUAAGCGUAACGAGCGCUACUCAGGAAGCGAUCGCUGCUCUGAAGCCACCAAUAAUGCCACUGCGUCGGCUCAACGAGGGCGGCGCCUCCGCACCGCCGAUAGCGCCCAUGUCGCCGCGCCCGAAUCGGAUACUGGCGCGCCACAAGAACACGCACACGCUGACUGUCAAUGGAGGCAGUGGAGGUGCCUCCUCGGUGGGUCUUAGUCCGCUGGCACGUGCCGAGAGCUAUGACGAUGACUCCUCGAAUGAAUCUCAGGAUGCGGCUGGCAAUGCCAGCGGCAGCUCCUGCACCACCGUGCUGCUGCAUCAGGCGCCUGCCAGCUGCUCCGGUGGUGCCGCGAACGCUGCCUGUGCCGCGCCUGUUGCCAGCUGCAGCAAGAAUCUCACGCGUCCCAAGACCAUAAGCAGCUUCAAGAACAGCUACAGCCGCUCCAGCUCCAAUUCAAGCUGCCAGUCCCGGCAUGCCAUAUCUCCGCUCUACUGCGAUGGCUCCGUGCCGACGCUACAAUCGCCCAAGAACGCGGUGGCGCCGUCGGAUAUCAUUUUCGAGCGGCCCGCCGUGCCCGCCGCCGGCCAGACCACCUUGAUGUCCUAUUCGAGCAAUGCCGACUAUGCCAACAAUGUGGUGCAGGUGAAGAAUGCGCUCAUGUCGGAGCCGGUACGCUCCGCCAACAGUCAUGUGAAUCCGGUGCCGCUCAAUCUCAAUCUCAAUCUGGAGCGCAUGGACGCACGGGCUAUUAAGUGCGCAGCGCCUGCCAGCUCCACAACGAAGCGACGCGACAUGCUCUACAUAGAUGAGGAGACGCAGUCGCCAACACCCACCACCAGCAGCAGCAAUGCCACCGCAACUUCCUCAGCUGCCACCAGCGGCAGCAUGAAACGCACCCCGACUGUGGUUUCUAUAGCACCCGCGUUGCCCGACUCCAUAACGCGCAGCUGCAGUGUGGGCUAUUUGGAUUCGGUGGCCAUAACGCCUUCGGAUGAGGCCUUGUCGGCGCUGCGCAAGGAUGCGCCUAACAAGCGGCUUAUCCUGGUGGAUAAGCGGCGCAAUCGUAACCGCAAGCGGCAGCAGCAGUCGGACGCGCGCAGGCACAAGCUUCAGCAGACGGGCAAAUCGAAGAGCCUGGACUCCUGCGAUUUGCUCUCGCUGCAAACGAAACUGUCCAGCAAAGAGCACGAGCAGGUGGUGCGCAAGCUGCAGGAGAUCUCCGACAGCAGCGCCUGCAGCAGCGCGGCUAAUACGCUGUGCUUCAAGUGCCGCAACAACAUGAAUCCUGCUAGCAUUUGCAAGCGCUGUCAGCCAGCGGCCAGCGCGGCGCUGGACGAGAUCACCACGGUCGUUGUGGAACCCGCCAAGGAGCCAACGCCGGCAGCUGAUGUAGCGGUCCCAAGCAAACCGACGCCCAAGAAACGCUUCGACGUCAUCACUAGCUUCACGGACAGUCCGCUUUUCACCCGCAAACAUCGCUUUGGUUAUGGACGCAGCAAGGAGCUGGCAGCGGGCAGCAGCACGGAGAACUCAACGCCUCUGCUCGCACGCAAGCAGGAAAAUAGCUUUAGUUUUGUCAAGCAACUGUCCGAGGUGCGCUGGCGGCGCAAGGAACCGGCGCCCAGCCAAAGCCAGACCCAGGGCGCCAGCAAAGCCAGCACGCUGGAGCGACAGCAUUCGGAAACGGGCAGCGUGUCCUGCGGCACUGUGGAGGCGACACCCGUGGAGGCCAAAGCAUCGGUGUCUCUGCACACGCAGGCUUUGACCACUCUCGAAAAUAUCAUCAGUCGUUUGCGUGAUCUGGAUGAGGGUCGAUUGACGCCGCCAUCGACGCCGCAGCGGUUGCCGCGCAGCUCUCCCGCUUCGCCGGCGGCCAGCAAGAAGAACAAGCGACAGCAGAGCAACUCGCCCAUACGCCACAUACUCAACUCGCCGCUCCUGAAUCGCCGUCAGCGCAAGAAGCCGAGCAUCAUUGAGAGCUCCGACGAUGAGGGCAAUCUUACGAAUGGGUCCGGCGAGGAAAUGGGCAGCGCCUGCAAUGGCAAUGGCAAUGGAAAGCAGUAUCGCGAUCUGGAAACAUUCCAAAAGGCGCAGCUACGCCAGAAGCUUAAACGUGGCAAGAUCGAGCCAAAUGGCAGUGCCAGUUGCGCCAAUACGGCGCCAGUGCGUCGCGAGUUCGUGAUGCACAACAAGGCGCCCAUGUGGAACGAGAUGAGCCAAGUGUAUCAGCUGGACUUUGGCGGACGCGUCACCCAGGAAUCGGCCAAGAAUUUUCAAAUUGAAUUUCGUGGCAAGCAGGUAAUGCAAUUUGGACGCAUUGAUGGCAAUGCGUACACCUUGGAUUUUCAGUAUCCCUUCUCGGCGCUGCAGGCAUUUGCCGUGGCGCUGGCCAAUGUAACACAGCGUCUCAAGUAAUUGGAUAUUAAUGCUGUAUUAACAUAAAGCAUUACAUAUAUAUCUGCAUAUAUAUAUAUAAAUUACUAUAUAGUACUUAUAGCACGCCGCCAGCUAAUGUCGCAGCAAAUUGCAAUUGCUUUAUAACGCAUAUUUUUUAUACAGAAGGCGCGCCUUGGCUUUUUCAUUUGUAAAUAUGUAUAUGUACUUAUUGUAUUGUGGUCUUUAGGUUUCUAAAUACCAUAUGUAAUAUCUGAAACGAUAUAUGAACUCAUACCACCACUUGAUUGAAGGUUUAGCAAUUUAAUAUUGGUGUGCAAAACUCACAGUCCGAUCCAUUUUUUGUGCAAUAUUUGUAUGACAAACUUUUUGGCUUAAGUAUAAUAAACGAUUGUAAAUGUUAACCAUUAAUGAUGUACGAUGAAUUACAAAAAAAAAAAGAACAACAACAAAAAGUGCGUACGUGUGCGCAUUUAAAUAUGCGUAACUCUAUGAAAACGAUUUUUUCAGUCGAUUUUUAAACUAGUUUGUACAACAGCAGCCUUUUUUGCAUUGAGCUUCGUUUGUUUUUCUCGACUUAAGUGCAAUAAUAACAAUUCCUUUCGUUAACAAUUUUUAGCCUAUAA